AUGGAGCGGUGGACCGUGUACGCGAUGACGUUGCAGAUCCUCACCGCCAUCGCUCGUGCUACCGAGGAUUUUCGCCAUAUCUCGUACGAAGAUUUAACGGAGACCAGUAUGUUUCGACAAGAGGGGGUCACGACUUAUUCUCAGCUGCUUUUCGACGUGGCGCGACAGCAAGUCGUUGUCGGAGCACGGGAUAAUUUGUACCGCUUGACGCUGACGUCGCUGACGGACUUGGAACACGCCUCCUGGUCUGCGCCGGAGGACAAGGUCAACACCUGUCAGAAUAAGGGCCAGAGCGUCGAGGAUUGUCAUAAUUACGUCAAAGUGCUUCUCAGCAACGGCAAGAGCCUCUUCACCUGCGGUACUUACGCAUUCAGCCCGUGGUGCGCCUGGCGAGAGAUCGAGAAUAUAACGAGUGUGACCAGCGAGAUGUCGGGCGUGGCUAUGUGCCCGUACUCGCCGCAUGCAAACGUCACGGCACUUCUCUCGAGGGGUCCUUCCGGCGGGCUCUUCGCCGGUGCGCGGACGGAUUUCUCCGGAGCUGAUCCUGCGAUCUACAGAACGUUGGCCUCCCCGAACCUCAGGACUCGACAAUACGAUUCCAUGUGGCUGAACGACCCGCAGUUCGUCGGCAGCUUCGAGACGGAGGAUCACGUGUACUUUCUAUUUCGCGAAUCUGCCGUAGAAUACAUCAACUGUGGCAAGAAAAUAUACUCGAGGAUAGCAAGAGUCUGUAAAAACGACCGGGGUGGACAAAUUAUGAUGAAAGACGUGUGGACGACUUUCAGUAAGGCCCGCUUAAAUUGUUCUCUUCUCGGCGAAUUCCCAUUUUAUUACGAUGAAAUCCAAGGCGCGGCUUAUCAUCCAGAAGAGGGAAUCAUUUACGCGACCUUCACAACUCCCAUUAACGGCAUCGCAGGCUCGGCUAUCUGCGCGUUCAACAUGUCAGCCAUAGUUACCAGUUUUAACGGGCCUUUUAAGUAUCAAGAAAACGCGGGUGCCGCCUGGGAAAGGAGACCGGUCGCCCAUCAUAAUCGCCAGCGCUGCGGAUCUUCAUCUGAUACCGCGCCGCAUCAGAUCAUGGACAAUCAACGAUACCAGUUGAUGGAUGAAGCAGUGCAGAGUACGAUGCUGGAGCCGCUGCACACCGUGACUCUCGAACGAUUCACCCACAUCGCGGUGGACGUUACUCCAACCAAGUUACACCGCAGCGUGACCGUCCUCUAUGUCGCCACGGCAACCGGUCUAAUCAAGAAGAUCUCGGUUUUGCCUAGGACACAGGAGACCUGCAUUGUCGAAGUUUGGGGACCCUUACCUUCACCGCCAAUGACAUUACAGUUCCUUAAAGACACGCAAAGCCUCUAUGUUGGCAUGGAAAUUGGCCUUUUGCGCAUACCUGCUGUUCAGUGUUAUCGUCAUCGGAACCGUCAAGCGUGUUUGAACGCCCAAGAGCCGUAUUGCGGGUGGAACGAGCUUCUCAUGAAGUGCGCGGAGGCACCGAAACAGAAUUAUCAAUAUAAUUAUUUGGCAAAUCAUUGGCAUCAGGAAGUCACCAAGUGUCCGGUGCUUACCGAUCCUGUUGACGGAGGCUGGAGUGCGUGGAGUCCUUGGUCACCCUGCCAACAUGGCACAGGAGAACAGUCGCUCGGACAUGGUCACAUUCACUCACACUUGCACGAACACGCAGAGAAGAUCGACACGUGUCAAUGUCAAACCAGGGAAUGCAAUAAUCCUCCACCACAGCACGGUGGCGAGAGUUGCACGGGUACACGGGUUAGAGUAACAAAUUGCACUGUCCAUGGCGGUUGGACCGCUUGGUCGGCUUGGUCAGCGUGCUCUCAGACCUGCGGUUUCGCGAUGAAAACCCGUCGGCGGACUUGCACGAAUCCAGCACCUGCAUUCGGUGGACGCGUUUGCGUCGGGCAUGAUCAUGACGAUAUCAUGUGCAUCGAUCUACCGCCCUGUCCUGCCCCCGCUAAAACCACCCCACCGCCUCAAACUGGUCAGUGGUCGAUCUGGGGUCCUUGGCAUGCGUGUACACGGCCUUGCAACGGUGGAAUACGUCUGAGAAAGAGAAUCUGUGACAGUCCCUCGCCAAAGAAGGGUGGUGUUGAAUGUCCAGGAUGCGAUUUUCAGAUUGAGGAAUGUAACAAUCACAAAUGCGCAGAAACGAAAAGAUAUUCCGGAUGGACUCCUUGGUUGACCGUAAACUCUAGUUUACAAAGCGACAGCACGGUUUAUUUAGAAAAGCGCUUCCGAUUUAGUUGCCGCGCGCAGACGGACGAUCCGUCAAGUGUACGAGUGCAGCUCACUAAAGAAGAGGAACGUUCCUGCAGGAACGAUGGGUCUUGUCUCAGAGGAAAGGAUACCUACGCGGAGUCCAUCAACGAGAAUGGCUGGGGGGAAUGGUCCUCUUGGGGCUCGUGCGAUCGUCCUUGUGGAAAGGGUACCCAGCAUAGGGUUAGACAAUGCGAAUCGCCACCUUGCGAAAAUGGUCUCGCCACGCAGAGCAGAAUUUGCAAUUCACACUCAUGUCACGGCAAUACGGCGGAAGGUCAAUGGUCGUGCUGGACGGAGUGGUCCGAAUGUUCAACGACUUGUGGCGUCGGAAUGCGUACGAGGACGAGAGAAUGUCUCGGUCCAGAGAGUUGCAACGGUCCACGAUUGGACAAGGAAGUCUGUGAGAUGCCCAGUUGCGAAUCAUUAGCUGGUUGGGACACGUGGUCAUAUUGGACUCCCUGCGACGGCGAUCAUCAACAGCAUAGAAAGCGAACAUGUCUUCAGCAUGGACCCGGCAUGUGUCAAGGACUAACUCGUGAGACACGCGACUGCCUUCCUGCAGACUGCAUGGAUAAUGACGUAAACGCCUUGCCUUCGAGCGUAGAGAGUUCGGGCGUCACGGUGGGCGCGGCGGUGGGCGGCUGCGUAAUCAGUUUCACCAUCGGCCUGGCCUUAACCGCGGUGUUAUGCUUUUGCUACUUGAAGCGACGCAAGCCGAGCAUUCCAGGGAGUCCGCAUUAUAUCAGUAAACAGAAUUCUUAUGUCAUUGUGCCACUGAAGGAGGUGAACGCGAAACGACAGCCUAGUUUUUCAGGCAGCACUAACGGAAACGGUACUCUACGUAGCAAGAACAAUCCCAAUGUCAACGGCCUCGGCAGUCCCAAGUUAUAUCCAAAGAGUCUCGAUUAUGAAUCCGCCACCCUGAAGCGUAACAGUCAUGGCCAGCAGCACAUCCGUGCCGAUCUCGAUCAGGACAAAUACUACUGAACGAAUUAUCUGAGCAAAGUCGCGUAUCAGAGUUGUUUGAAUGGUGAUUUGUAUUCUGGUCUUUUCAAGCACGUGAUUUCUCGUGUGAUUUAUUUGUGCGGUGAGUCGCAGGUACCGACAACAAAUGCGAACUCAUUCCACGCAUUUGGCAGCUGCAAACUUUGUUGAUCGAUUAGCAUUUGUUCAACGUUAAAGUAACAAGUGUGAGGAUAGACUUCCUGUUACAGGAAGAAUGUAUUUACUUAAUUGAGCUAAGGUGACAUCUUCGACGUAAAAAUGACAUACGAUCGAUUGAGCAAGCCUGUCUAUAAGACUAUAUAUUUUUAGUAUUAAGUAAACGCGCGAUGUAUGCAUUUUCCGCGUUUGAGAGUUAAUGACGCUGCAAUUAACGACGCAAAUUAGUUCACGAAAUUGUUCAAUAUCGAUUGAUGAAAAUUGUAUUGAUGUAUGUUUUGAAAGAGACAUGAUGACAUUUUUUUUUAUAAAUCACUAUGUCUUAAGACAUGUAUUUUAUAAGCUUUUUGUGAUGCGUCGUGCAAUGUGAUAACUCAGCGGACUCCGAAGAGAAAAUCGUUGUUUUGAGGAAGUUUAUAAAAGUUUAUUUUUGUUUCUGUGUACAUAUCCGUGAAAAAAGAGAGAGAGAGAAAGAAUGCGAAUGGACGAAAUCGAGAAUCAAUCCCGCUCACGCUUGGGCAUUCGACUUUGACUCAUCUGUAUAAAGUUUCAUAAUUUUUCAUAGGAAUGAAUUUUCAUAUAUUUCGUAUAAUAUUUGUAAGAUUGUACUCAUGCAAGGUAACAAGAGAGAAAAGAAAACCGUAUCUGUUAAACGGAGACUCGAUCUACCAAGGAUUGAUGGAUUGAUUUAGAUAUACAGUUGUACAAAUAUAAAAUGUAUUAUGUAGGUUUGCUUGAACAUAUAUUAGGAAGAGAGUUCGUCUCUUUUGUUUUUAUUCAGGAGAAAUAUCGAAUUUUAUAUUGAGUAAUGUAGUGCCAUGAUACGGAGUUGUACAUAAAAAUGCAUCUUCUUAAACAUAGCUUUAGGAAUGAAGCAAAUAGCGUAUACUAUGUAAGAGAUAAACACACGUCGCGCGACGAUUGCAUUUAUAUUGGCUCACAUUGAGUCGCGCCCGCGAAUUAUGUUUAUGCAUGCGACUGUAAAAAUAAUACAUUUUUUCCUUGCCGUAUCCAAGGAGAGAAUCAAAUUGGAUUGAAACUUGAAUCGCUGAUGUCCUCCAGGGGUUCGAUUCUCUAAUCACUUGUAAGAAAAUCGUAUGCAUAAAUUCAAAGUUACGAACGUUUGAAAACCUUCGUUAUUUUAUAUAAUAUAUAUAUAGAUACCUAUACCUACACAGAUAUCUACGUUACGUAUACGUAUAGUUAUGAGUAAGUUAGAGAAUCGAGCCUUAAAACUUAAGAAUUUAAUUACGUUAAUUGCCUCCCGCGCGAGUUUAUACAAUCUGUCAUGAGAAGAAUACGAGAUAAUGAUACCGAGUAGGAUUACUGUAUCUGAAUCACAAGAUAAGAGUACAUAUUAUGUACUUUUUUUU